AUGUCUGUCACAGGUGUACUACCUGAAAAAGAAUGGCAACAACCAUCCAAGAUAAAGUAUUGCCAAUAUCAAGAUUGUGGGGCAUCCUUCGGUAUAUUUAGCAGCAAGAUCAAUUGCCGUCGUUGUGGAAUUGUUAUGUGCUCCAAAUGUUCAAUAACAUGCGACUCCAUUACAGGGCAUUACAGUAAUAAACCACAGCCAGUCUGUCCAAGAUGCUUCGACAUUAUCGAAAAGCAAAAAAAAAGGUUCUCACGUAUCUCUACACAACAAACACCAUCCCUUACACGUCGCAACAGCACAGAUUCUAUUUCUACAACCCCUCAGCAUGAAUUAAGCACAGCGUUACAGGAGCAAGAAACAAAAGUAAAACAACUUGAACAAGAACUCACAAAUGAAAGAAACACGCGCAAGGCAUUAGAGGAUCAGUUUCAAAAGCAGAUAACAGCAAUUAUGGAGGAUAAGAACGCGAGCCUCCAAGAAGUUCAAGAAUUACGUGUAAAACUUUCUCAAACUCAACAUGAAAUAAUGAAAAACCAAGAAUCCAUAAACUGCGAUGCUUCCGAAAAUAACAAGGGUAACCUAGUUGAACCUGCAGCUAAUGCAGAUGAACUGCAAUCUAAGUUGGAUUCAGUGUGCUGUGAGCGUGAGCAACUGCAGGCCAAUGCGGAUGAACUGCAAUCUCAGCUA